CGUGUUUAUUGGAAUAGAGGGUCAUUACAGAAGAAAUGACCACCGUUGAGGAACUGAGGCUGCGAAUCCGUGAGUUAGAAAAUGAACUCAUUAAAUCCAAACAGAAGCAAAGUGAUGCUGAACAUCAUCUCAGACCAAAGAUUGAUAAAAUGAGCGCUGAAGUCGUAGACUCAAAUCCAUACAGUCGUCUGAUGGCACUCAAACGGAUGGGCAUAGUGCAAGACUAUGAGAGAAUCCGCUCGUAUAGUGUGGCUGUAGUGGGAGUUGGAGGGGUGGGGAGUGUCACUGCAGAAAUGCUCACCAGAUGUGGCAUUGGUAAGUUGCUGCUGUUUGACUAUGAUAAGGUGGAGCUGGCCAACAUGAACCGCCUCUUCUUCCAGCCACAUCAGGCAGGACUCAGUAAAGUUCAGGCUGCAGAACACACUCUUAGGAACAUUAAUCCAGAUGUUGCUUUUGAGACCCACAAUUACAACAUUACCACAAUGGACAACUUCACGCAUUUCAUGGAACGCAUUAGUCACGGAGGACUUGAGGAGGGGAAGACUGUAGAUUUGGUCCUCAGUUGUGUUGAUAACUUUGAGGCUCGGAUGGCCAUUAACACAGCAUGUAAUGAGCUGGGUCAGACCUGGAUGGAGUCAGGCGUCAGUGAGAACGCAGUUUCUGGACACAUCCAGCUCAUUAUCCCUGGAGAAACGGCUUGUUUUGCUUGUGCACCUCCCCUCGUCGUGGCUGCAAAUAUCGAUGAGAAGACGUUGAAGAAGGACGGGGUGUGUGCCGCCAGCCUGCCCACCACAAUGGGAGUGGUCGCCGGUCUCCUUGUACAGAAUGUCUUGAAGUAUCUGUUGGGGUUUGGGACAGUGAGUUAUUACCUGGGCUAUAAUGCCAUGCAGGAUUUCUUCCCAAGCAUGGCAAUGAAGGCCAACCCACAGUGUGAUAACGUGCACUGCAGACGACAACAGGAAGAGUACAAGAAAAAAGAAGCAGGACGGCCAAAGCAGGAAGUGGAGGAGGAAGAAGAGGAAGUGGUACAUGAAGACAAUGAAUGGGGUAUUGAGUUGGUAUCAGAGGUGUCAGAGGCGGAGCUUCAGGACGCAUCAGGACCGGUACCAGAUCUACCAGAGGGCAUUAAUGUAGCCUACACCAUACCUAAGAAAGAUGGAGUAUCAGGGGAGACUGUGGAGGAAACAGAACAGAGUUUAGAGGAGCUGAUGGCUCAGAUGAAAAAUAUGUAAGGGAGACGGAACCGACAUCAUUGAACUCUCCCACAGACACUGAAAUUGAUCUCAUUAUUAUU